CUGUGCCCUCGAACGCGUCUCAGCCAAGCGGCACCAUUGCACUCACACACACGGCCAAAGAUUUCCCUCCGCGUGUAAUGUGGUUGAGAUUAAUAAGUGACCUAACGAUUAGAUGAAAAUGGGGGGAAGGCUGGCUGGUCGCGAGAGGCCCGGUGAAUGGAGGUCACCGCAGACAGUGCGCGAGCCUCCGCGGUGACACGGAGAGGGGGGAGAGGGAGGACGGACAGCGGCCAGCCGCCUUCAAAAAUGGCGUCUCCGGAGGAAAAUGAGUAAAAAAAACAUUAAACCGCGGCCUGCUUUCUUUGCACUUCCUCCUUCGCUGGGACGCGUCCGUCGUGCUUCUAGUCGCGCUUUCCGCGUUGCCACCGAGCCGCUCGUCGCCUUCGCCCCGAGCGGCCGAAGAAAGCUGAAAUUCGGGGCGCGAGCAUUCGGGGAGGGGGUGGAAAUACAAGCAGCCGUGUUUUAUUUUGAUGCGUCGUCGCUGACAGCUAGCAUCUGCCGCUAGCGCCGCCGCUCCGCUCCGGAGGGGGUGGGAACGAUUUGCAUGCAAAGAAAAAAGCGAUUUUGAUGUCGGGGUUUUCUUCCCUUGUCUGCGGGGGAAUGAUCGCUACCAACGUGGUGAGGCGAUUACAGCCUUUUCGAGCUGCUAGCAGCGUAGCUACAACUAGCCGGAAGAAAGGGGAGGAGAGAUGGUGAAAAAGGACGCAUUCAAAUCAAAUGUUUAUCAGCUAUUCGUCCAUCACCGGCCAAAUCCGCGGCAGCCUCAUCAUGACCGUGACUGAUUUUGGACUAAAUCUGCGUUCGUGGAAAUGAUAAACGUGAAAGGCGACGGAAAAGGAGAAAGACUGGCUUUUUUUGGAGGUGGUUGGAUUAUAACCCCGUAGACCCCCCUCUUUUUUCAUCCAGCUUUCUCCUCCUCCCCUCCAUUUCUCUUUCAAUAUGCUGUUUUCCACUCCUGAGGACUUGCUUAUGAAACCGGGGGAAAUAGCCUGAGACAGAACGCGAGGAAAAACUGGAUUUUCCCCGCAAUUUUGCUCCGCGACGGGCUCGUUGCUUUCGUCCUCUUCGCACGCAUCGCACGGCACAUAAAUGGAUAGAAAUUACCCGGGUACAGGAUUCGGCGAUUUGGGCGCAGGAGCAGGAUGGAGUUACGAGAGAUCGGCUAAAGCAAGUCUUGUAUAUGGGAGUUCCAGAUCAUCCCACCCUGAGUCUGAGCUCCUCCACCGACAAGCCUACGCCACCCCACACCCUCUGCAGGGCUAUGCCACCAAUCACCACCCAGGGAGCUCUGGCCAAGGCGGGGCUUGGGGAGCAGCUGGACGGAGUUUGGGUCUGUCGGGGCUUUUCGACACCGGCCUGCACCACGCCAGCCCCUCGGCUCCCGAUGCUUCUGUCAUGAAUCUGAUCUCAGCCCUGGAGUCCCGGGGUCCCCAGCCUCCACCCUCUGCCUCCUCCCUUCUCUCUCAGUUCCGCACGCCAUCCUGGCAGACAGCAAUGCACACGCCUGCUCCUCCUGAACUGUUCAUCUCUGGAGCCCUUCCUGGCUCUGGCUCCUUCCCCUCCUCCUCAGCUUUAUCAGCCUAUCAACAUCCAGCAUCCUUCUCCAGCCGUUCUUUCCCCGCUGCCUCCCUUUCCCUCCAGGACACACCCACGUUUAGUCCCACUUCUAAUGGCCUACUCUCCCCACAUGACCCCCUGCUGCACAUCAAGGCCCCCUCCCAGUCCAGCCUGGGUUUUGAUAGACUCCUGUCGUCGCAGGGUGCUGCUGCAGCUGCCUAUCGGGGCAGUCAGGAUCCCACAGGAGCCUCAUCAGCCCAGGCGUCCUCUGCCAGGCAUCUGCAGUCGCACCAGUUCAACCUGCUGUCGUCACAGCUCCAGGACCAGUCGUCCCAGCUGUAUAAUGCAUCCGUAUUUUCCUCAGCCCAGCCCCAGCCUCAAUCGCAGUCCCAGUCUAAUUCAGCUCAGGAACGGGCUGUACCUCGUCAAGACAGCGUUAUCAAGCACUACCAGCGGCCCACACCAGCUCAGUCACAGCUCUCGUCCUCUGCUGCUCACUCUCUCCAGCACUACCUCAGCUGUGGAGGGGCAGGAUACCAGCAGAUAGCCACCCACCACAGGCAUGCGGGGCUGUCUUGCAGUCCACUGGGUGACCAGAGUCCUUCAUCAGACCACAAGCCCACCUCGCGCACUGAGCAGUAUCGGCCAAUCAUCCAGCCCCCGUAUUCUUCAUCCUCUUCAUCAUCCUCUUCCUCCUCAGCUGGGAAAGGUACCAAAAGUAGCUCCAGCAGUGGUUAUUCCUCUGCCAGUUCUGCUUCAUCUUCAAGAACUCCUCAUACACCACCUUCUGCUUCCUCUACGUCAUCGUCGUCGUCCUCCUCUUCUGCCACAUCUGGGGCUCAUCCUUCCAACUCGAUCCCCACCUCCAGCUCCAGCGCAGCUCCCUCCAGACAGCAGCCACCCCCUCAAACAGCUCCGCCUCCUCCAGCUCCACAGCAACAGCAGCAGCCCCCUGCCACUUCCACCUCAGCCCCCCAGUCCCUUCCCAAAUCAUGCCUGUCAGGUUAUGGCUCUCCUGUGCCCCCUGUGAAAACCCCCACUUCUGCCCUCACUGGUCAGACUCCACCACAACAGCAGACACAGUCAUAUUCUCCUAAUCAGCCUCCUACUUCCCACCUGGCUCAAUCUUAUGGAAGCUUUAGUUCACCACAGGCUCAAGACCUGAGCUCAGGUACUGCUGGGAAAGGCUAUGGGAGCUUAGGAGGACGAAGUCAGUCAUACUCCACUGAUAUAUAUGGAACUGAUUCUGCGUAUGGAUCACUUCCAUCCUCCUUGGGUGGAGCUGGGAGCCCAUCAUUAGGCUAUGGAGCUCCAGGACACUCCCCUGCUCUAUUGAGGUCAAGUGGUUCAUCAGGUAGCGGAGCAUCUGGAGGAGGAAGUAGCAGUGGCACAGGAAGUGGAAAUUCUGGAUCUGGAGGAGGAGCAGGAAAUGGUAUGACUAAUGAGAGAGGUGGAAGUGGGGCAGGCUCCUACCAUAUUCCAGACUCUAGCCCCUCUCCAUCAGGCAACUCGGGUAUCAUCCGUCCAGGUUUACACUCCCCAGUACCAACCUGUCCCACACAAUCUCCAGGAGGUGCAAGCUCCAGUAAAUACAUCUCCUCCGUUCUCUCUCCCACCUUUCUAGCCUCCCCACAGGGCUACCCUGACACAAGAGGCCCCAGCUCCCAACCUCAGGCCUAUCAUCCCUCCUCCUCUAAAACAAAGGCUGACACUUCCAUGCUAGGAGUGGGGUCUCAGAGAUCCCAAGAGGAAGUAGAUGAUGAUGACGAGUUUUUGAUCCAGCACCUGCUGCAAGCUCAAGCCAGUCCCGCACCCCAGACUGCCCAUCACCAUCCUCAGCAGCAACCCCAACAGCCAUCGCAGCAAACACAGCCUCAGCCACAGUCAGUGCCGCAAUCUGCUGAUUCAGGCAAAGGCCUGAGCUAUGACAUGGGCAAGACGUCCGAGGAGAGAUACCACCCCCAGAGUGUCAUACGUACACACAGUGCCACGUCCACUGCUGGUGUAGGAAACACAGGAUCUGGGGGAUCGAUCUCAGGGCUCGACAACCAGCUGGAGAUGUCAUUAAAGAAACAGCAACAGCAUCAACACCAUCAUCAACAACAGCAGCAAAGGAACGAGAGGUCUGUUGGAAAUGGCAGAAGCAGUGGAGGGAGAGGAAAUGCUGAACAAGUGCACUCCCACCUCCAUCACCAUGACAACCUAGGCUCAGUAGUCCACUAUGGGCGGGGUGACCCUUACGCCCAGCAUUCUCUUGCUCCCCAACACUCCUCACAUGCACAACAUGUGUCCUCACACUCUCAAAUGCCGCCCCACACCCAAAUGGAGCUCCAGAAGAAGUCACAGGAACAUGCUGAUAUCUCUUACCCUCGAAAAACACCAGAGAUCCAGCAGCAGCAUUCCCAGUCUCAAGCUGCUGCCUCGCUGAUGGACUCACCUACUGACCAGUCUCGUCAACCUCCACACCUGCUCCAGUCAGUGUUGUCCCACACCACCCGUAACAAACUGGAGACACAUCAGCAGCACCACAAGAUGGACUCACAUCGGCCACACCAACAGCAUCACAAAAUGGACUCCCACCAGCCACAUCAACAUCCAAAAAUGGAGUCUCACCCUCAGCAUCCGCAGCACCAGAAGAUGGAGUCCCAUCAGCAUCAGCAGCACCACAAAAUUGAUUCUCAUCCACAACAUCAGCAGCACCAUAAAAUGGACUCUCAUGCCCAACAGCAGCAGCACUCUAUCAGCCAACAGCAGGCUGUAAUGGAAGGUGCUGGUGGGAGACUUGGCUCCAGUAAGCACCAGACACCGUCCCAGUCCCAAACCAGUCAGCUCCAGCUUCAACUCCAGACCCAGGCUUUGGAAGUGGCAGCAGCUCACUACAACCACGGUCCCCCUCCACAUCAGCACGAGCAGAGCCAGGUUAAACAAAGCUCAGUGGUCUCUUCUCUGGACAUGCUGGAGCGGUCCCUUUCUCAGACGUCUAGCGCAGACGUUGCAGAAGACAGACGCGGUGGAGCAGGCGGCGGAGGGAGGAGCGGAGGCAGCAGCGAGCAUCACAGACAGCAGCAACAGGAGCAGCAACAGAGGCAGCACCCAUCCCACCAUCAGCCCCAGCAAAGCCAUCACUCACAGCAGCACUCAGCCUCGGAACUCCACUCCUUCCUUUCUGAGCCCGAUAUGGGCUUACCCACCCCGUCCCACAUGCACCAUCUCUCACAACACCACCCGCAGCAGCAGCAGCAUCCCAGCUCUCAGCAUCAACAGAGCCACCCUCACCACCAGCCCCAUCCUCAACAACAGCCCCCACACCCUCACCACAUACCCCCACCAUCAUCCUCAGCCCACUCCCAGUCACAGCCUGACCCACAGCAGCUUGCGUCUCAGCAGAGUCAGUUGGACCAACAGCGCUCAGAGCAGCACCAGUUUGACACAGUCAGCCCGGUGGAGAAAGCCGACCAGAAUCAACAAAGCAACCGCUUUGUGCCCCUGACCUCUAUUUGCUUCCCAGACUCCCUCCUCCAAGAUGAGGAUCGGUCUUUUUUUCCAGGAAUGGAAGACAUGUUCUGUGCAGAGGACUACAAGUCGAGCUGUGCCGGAGGUGCAGGACCAGGACAGGGGGAGAUGAAUGAAGGUCACACAGGGCAGGAGGGGAUGGAUUCUAUGAAAGCUGGACAAAGUGGAGGUGGAGCAGGGGGAAGUGCUGGAGGUAGCUAUGAUAUGAUGGGUCACCAUGGUGGAGAUCAGGGUUAUGAACCCUAUUGCCAUGGCUUGGAAGAACCCAGUAACAACACAAUGACUCUGGAUCUAGACUCUCUUAAAACACAUGAGCUCCCUUCUACUGUCAACACUGAACAACUGGGAUUGAUACAGUCUCAGGGCUCAGCUAUGGGCAUGGGCCCCAAUCCUGCUGGGCCCAACAACCCUGGCGCUAAAAUGUCCUCCGGGCCUGGGGGAAAUAACACAGCAACUGGUGCUGGAGGCCUCCAGUCUCCCAUUUUCUGUUCAUCUCGUCCCAAGAAGCUCCUCAAGUCCAGCUCGUUCCACCUGUUAAAGGAACGUCGGGACCCAAACACACUGCCCAAGAAAAGUUACGCUCAAGAGUAUGAGUUUGAGGAUGAUGAGGAUAAAGCGGACCAGCCCGCUGACAUACGGUUGAACAGCCGUCGGCUUCCAGAUCUGUUACCAGACUUGGUGUCCAGCUGUAGGAAAGGAGGAGGAAGCGGGUCUCUUAGUCCUUUAAUGGGUGACAUUGACUUCUACCACUCCUCUGGCUACUCCUCUAUGGGUUCACACUCUCUUCUGCCUCAGGAAGGGCCUAAGAAGAGGGGGCGAAAGCCCACCAGACCUAAAAGAGAGGGUCCCCCAAGGCCAAGGGGCAGGCCUCGCAUCCGCCCAAUGCCGGAGCCAUACACUCCAAGAGGCAUGAUGGGGGAGAUGGGUGGAUCAACAGUGGGAGGGGGAUUCAAUGUGGAGGGGAGAGGUAGAGGUCGAGGCCGCGGAAGCCGAGGUAGGGGAGGAAGGAGGGAGGACAUGUACAUCGAGAUGAGCGGCAAGGAGCAGGAGCCGAUGCAUCACCAUCACCUCCAUCAGCAGCAGCAGCCACAGCCGCUCCAUCAUCAUCAACAGCAGCAGCAUCAUGAGCCAAUUCCACCGCUGAAGAUCAAGUUACCCAUCGGUACCCUGUCCUCCUCUGAUGCUUUGUUGAGGACGGAUUCUUUGUCUGGCACGGACCCUGCUUUGUCAGAUGGCUCGGUGGGCUCAGCUCCUUCCCUCGGUUUAAGCCCUGGACCGCCUUGCAGCACUGAAAGCAAUAGGAGUCAGGACAAGAACAAGCAGAAAGGCCAGAUGAUGAGCGAAGGAGUGGAUGACGAGGGGCUGGAGGAAAGGGUGGAUGAAAAGGACUCCGACUCCAAGGCUGGCUUUGUUGCAUCAUUUUUGGACUUUCUCAAGAUGGGGAAGAGACCUCCAGGCUUAGACAUCUCACCAGGUAUGGAGCCUGACAAUGGAGAAACCUCCCCCUGCAAAUCAGGGGGUCUGCGACCACUGUCUCCAGCACCACCCCCUCCCCCACCGCCUCCUCCUUUCGGGGACAGUGAAGGGAAUGGGGGUCUGGCUCUGGGCAACUGCCCCAGCCCUAAACGCUUGGAAGACGAGCUGAAAAGAAACCUGGAGACCUUGCCUUCAUUCUCCUCCGAUGAGGAGGAUUCUGUCGGAAAGAACCAGGACCUUCAGAAGAGCAUCUCCUCGGCCAUUUCUGCUCUGUACGACACACCUCAGCUAACCGCUAACAUCCCGGCCCCACUACCUCCUCCGACUCCUCCGCCUCAGCCUAGCCAGGGCCCUCUUACUCCCACCCUGCAGCCUCCAACACUUAGUCCGCAACCGGCCAUGCAUACUCCACACACGCAGCCCCAGUCCAACGAACCUGACCUGCUACAGCCAGAAGAAGACAUGGAGGAGAACAAGGUGGAGGAGAACGAGGAAGAAAGGAGCACGGGAGGGGAGGAGGAGAGCGACAUUACAGAGGAGAGAGAACCACAUCUGGAAACGCUUGGUACCUCUAAAAUUGAUGCGCCACUCCCUGAGAUUCCUCCAGCACCAGCAACUCCUGAACCUCCCUCUAUAGCUCAGUCUCCCGCCUCGUCUUCCUCCCCUUCUCAUUCCCCUCUCCCUCCCCUCUCCCUUCCCUCACCCCCUCCUCCACCAGAAGAACAACAGGAGCCUUCUCAGCCUCCAAGCACUCCUCCCUCCCCAACUUCCCCGCCUGCCCCACCAGCUACCCUCCCUCAGCCUGCCACUCCACCCCCGCCGUCCCCUCCUGCCCCAGCUUCAGCUCAGAAGGAGUCUCCCAUGCCAUCUCCAGAGUCCCCUGCCUCCCCUGAAGAGCCCCCUGCUCCUAAAAUCACGUCCUUACACCUUGCCCAGAAGCAGGAAGAUGCUGCCAUUGUUGGAGAGAGUGAGGAAGAUGAGAGCGAAAGUGGAGGGGAAGGCAUCUUCAGAGAAAGGGAUGAGUUUGUGGUGCGGGUGGAAGACAUUCGAACUCUUAAGCUGGCCUUGCAGACGGGCCGUGAGCCCCCACCCAUCUGGAGGGUGCAGAAAGCCCUGCUGCAGAAGUUCAGCCCAGAGAUCAAAGAUGGGCAGAGGCAGUUCUGCGCCACAAGCAACUAUCUUGGCUACUUUGGCGAUGCUAAGAGACGCUACCAGAGAAUCUAUGUUAAGUUUUUGGAGAAUGUCAACAAGAAAGACUAUGUCAGAGUCUGCUCCCGGAGACCUUGGCGCAGAGCAGCACCCGCUCUCAGGCGCCAGUCCCUUCCAAGAAUGGCAUCACCCCCCUCCAGCCACGUGCCACCAAAAGCAGUGGAGAAAGAGGAGAAAGUGGCUCCACCAGUGCAGCACGAACAGAAGGAGAAAACAAGAACAGGCUCAACCACUGCAGCAAAAGAACAACGAGACAAGAAGGACGUCUCAGCUGGUGUUCCCAAAGCCAAGGAGAAAGACAGGGAGCAUGAGAAGGAGAAGCGCAUACAGGCGCAGCAGGAGAAAGUGGAGAAACGGGCUGCGCCGGCAGAACGAGGUAGAGCGAAGGAUGACAGGAAAGCGGUGGAGAGGAAGGAGAAGACUGAGCGCCCACCCAAGUCCAAGCAGGCCAAAGUGAAGGCAGAGCCACCACCCAAGAAGAGGAAAAAGUGGCUGAAGGAAGUACCUUCUUCAUCAGACUCAGACUCGUCGGAUGAGGCAGCUAGCGAGAAUGAGAUGCCAGUGAAAGGUGGAGUGAACAACCGUGCCAUGAGGGAAAUGUUCAGGAGCUACGUGGAGAUGCUGGUCAGCACAGCCCUGGACCCCGAUAUGAUCCAGGCUCUGGAGGACACAGAUGAUGAGCUGUACCUUCCACCAAUGAGGAAAAUUGACAGUAUCCUCAGCGAGCAGAAGAGGAGGUUGCUGAGGAGGGUCAGCAUGAGCUCUCAGCACCAGGAGCUCCUACAUGCUUAUCCCCAGAUCAUUGUAGACCCUCUGGACUCAGGACUGGUGAGGGUCCGGCUAAGUGGGGACGCUUACAAUCGCAAGACCCUCAACAAGCUGAAAAAGACCCUGCCAAAGCCACAGGACCUUAAACUGUCAGCGGAGUCGUAUCGGCUCUACAGUUUCUACCACUCCCUGCAUCACUAUAAAUACCACACAUUCUUACAGUGCAAGAAAGAGACCAACACCAUUGAACAGGCAGCUGAGGAUCCGGGCCAAGAGGAAGUGGUGCAGCAGUGCAUGGCCAACCAGAGUUGGCUGGACACCCUCUUCAGCUCCUUCAUCGAGCUGCUCACACUCAGCACCAAAGCUUGAAUGCAUGGAAGACAUGGAGAGAAUUAACUAAAACAAGAGGAUUAAAACAAAAACGAAGCAGACAAACUGAAAGAGGUGGAUCCUACUGUACAGCCCCCGAUAUUCUCCAAUGAGGACCUGAGGAGGAAUUUUUUCGGGCCCUUGACGUCAGACAGUGGCCCGUGUUCUUUUACAUGUUGUUGAUCAGUGACUAAAGAAAUGUCUCACCUUGUGACAAGGGGACUCCGUGGGAUUAGGGGUCACCGGUGAGUGGAGGGAACUGACAGACACUGAAAAGGGAGAGACAAGGUGAAAGGACAAAGAGGAGCAGCCCUUACGCCAAGUCAACUGUGGAGCAACUGACAUCUUGUUAACUGUGUGUCAUAAAGAGAAACUAUUACCGCUUAGUUUUUACAUAAAUUAUUUUUUGAAAAGACUAACAUCAGCUGUUGGCUUUUGAAAAGAGUGGACGACGGUGAGAAUGCUUUUUAAACUGCGUGCAGAGUGUGCCGUGAGCAACGUGAACAUGGACUCGACCACGGACAGCAACAAUAAAUCUGUAAAUGAA